AUGGUGAACGAUGCCGAGAAAUAUCGAGCCGACGACAAGAAGCAGAGAGAUCGAAUCGCGGCCAAAAAUGGAUUGGAAUCAUACGCUUUCAACAUGAAACAAACGAGCGAAGAUGAACAACUGAAGAGCAAAUUGUCCAACGAGGACCGGCAAAAGAUCGAGUCGAAAUGUGGAGAAGUGCUUCGUUGGUUGGCCUCGAAUCAGACGGCUGAGAAGGAUGAAUUCGAGCAUAUGCAGAAAGAGCUGGAACAAGUCUGCAAUCUGAUCAUCACACGAUUGUAUCAGGGAGCCGGUGCUGGUGGUGCUGGUGGAAUGCCUAGUGGAGGAUCAGGAGGCCCACGUGGAGGUGCUGGUCAAUCAGGACAAGGACCCACAAUCGAAGAGGUCGAC